AUGGCUAUUAAGAUCUUCUUAACGGGUGCAACCGGAUACAUCGGGGGAGAUGCUCUGUAUGCCCUAAACAAGGCUCACCCCGAGUAUGAGUACACCUUGCUCGUCCGAACUGAAGAGUCAGGGAAGCCCGUCGCCGAGGCAUAUCCCAAAGCCAAACUUGUCUACGGCACUCUAGACGAUUCCGAAGUCAUUGAGAAGGCCGCUUCUGAGGCAGACAUUGUUGUUCACACGGCUGAUGCUUCUGACAAUGUCCCUGCUGCAAAGGCCAUUGCUCGAGGCCUCGCCAAAGGCCACGAUGCUAACAAACCUGGCUACUGGAUUCACAUCUGUGGAACAGGUAUUCUGCAAUGGUACGACGAGACCGAGAAGCGCUAUGGUCAAGCGCCGCUUCCGGAGCAGAAGUACGACGAUAUCAAAGACAUUGAGAGGAUCAUUACACUUCCAGACCAGGCGUAUCACCGAGACGUCGACAAGCUAGUGCUGGCCGCCAACGACGCCGGUGGUAUCAGGACCACCAUCGUGGGCCCACCCACCAUCUACGGACCAGGCCGCGGUCCAGUCAACCAGCGUUCUAAGCAGGUGUACCACAUGACCAAGUUCCUGAUGCAGAAUGGCUACGCGCCGGUCGUUCCGCCGGGCGAAGUCGAGUGGGACAACGUGCAUAUUGACGACCUGAGCGACCUCCUGGUGACCCUUGUAGAGGCGACGCAAGAUCCCAAGUUUAAGGAUGAUCCGGAGAUUUUCGGCACCCACGGCUACUUCUUCGCUGAGAAUGGUGUGCACAAGUGGAAGGAUGUGGCACAAUGGAUUGCCGACGAGGCUGUCAAGCAAGGCUUCAUGGCGGAGGCGAAGAUCGAGUAUAUCCCGUAUGAGAAGAUUGAAAAUUCGUCUUGGGGGACAAAUUCGAAGAGCGUAGCCCAGCGCGCCAGGAAGUAUUUUGGAUGGAAUCCCAAGGGAAAGAGCCUGAAGGACUCCAUCCCUGAGAUCGUUGAGUCGGAGGCCAAGCUCCUGGGGAUUGAGCCGCAGAGAAAGGUUUAA